CCCCCUCGCUGCCUUCCCCGCUACAUAUUUGUGAGGCUGGAACAGCUGAGAGUUUGCACUUCAGCCCAGGGCUCACACUAGGAACGAUUCCUCUCCCUGCAGCUUCUGUCCCGUUCUCUCUGCCAGUCUAACCCCAAACACAGCCAGCAGCCAUGGACGCCAUCAAGAAGAAGAUGCAGAUGCUCAAACUGGACAAGGAAAACGCCUUGGACAGAGCAGAACAGGCUGAAGCAGACAAGAAAGGAGCAGAGGACAAGAGCAAACAGUUAGAGGAAGAAAUCUCCCAACUGGAAAAGCAGUUGCGGGUGACUGAGGAUAUCAGAGAUAAGAUUUUGGAUGAUUUGCAUCAUGCUGAAGAAAGCCUCCUGGCUGCUGAGGAGAAGGCCACUAAGCUGGAGGAUGAACUUGUAGCAUUGCAGAAGAAACUAAAAGGUACUGAGGAUGAGCUGGACAAAUACUCUGAAGCCCUGAAAGAUGCCCAGGAGAAGCUAGAACUUGCCGAGAAGAAAGCCACUGAUGCUGAAGGAGAUGUAGCCUCAUUAAACAGGCGCAUCCAGCUGGUAGAGGAGGAGUUGGAUCGUGCUCAAGAGCGUCUGGCCACAGCUCUUCAGAAACUGGAGGAGGCUGAGAAGGCUGCAGAUGAGAGUGAGAGAGGUAUGAAGGUCAUUGAAAACAGAGCCCUGAAGGAUGAAGAGAAGAUGGAGUUGCAAGAAAUCCAACUGAAAGAGGCCAAGCACAUUGCUGAGGAGGCUGACCGCAAAUAUGAAGAGGUUGCUCGUAAGCUGGUGAUCAUUGAGGGUGAUCUGGAACGUGCAGAGGAACGUGCUGAACUUUCAGAAAGCAAAUGUGCCGAGCUUGAGGAGGAAUUGAAAACUGUUACCAACAACCUGAAAUCUCUGGAGGCCCAGGCAGAGAAGUACUCCCAGAAGGAGGACAAAUAUGAAGAGGAAAUUAAGGUUCUUACAGAUAAACUGAAGGAGGCUGAAACACGUGCCGAGUUUGCAGAGAGGACAGUAGCCAAAUUGGAAAAGAGCAUUGAUGAUUUAGAAGAGAAAGUGGCACAUGCUAAGGAGGAAAACUUAAAAAUGCAUCAGAUGUUGGACCAGACACUGUUGGAAUUAAAUAACAUGUAAAAGACAUUGGUGUGUUCCAUAGCUUGGUUUUUGGAAGUCCCUGCUUGUUAAAUGUUUGCUCUUUUAAAUGCCAGUGGAAUCAGCCCCUUGUUUUAGUUGUUGCUGAACCAUUCUAGCACUCAAAGUCAAAGGCUUCUAUUAAAAAAUCUUUGGGGGAGAAGGAUUUUUAUUUUAUGCAGCCUGGGUGUUUUUCUACCAAUGGAAUUAAAGUGGGGCUGGGACUAUGGGCAAUCUGAAUACAAUCAGACAUGGUGCCAAUUAAACAAAGCCUUAAAUUGCACACCGAUAUACUGUAAACCAAUUAUUUUAUGUCUAUAAACAGCAGGUGUGUUUGUAUUAUUUUUAAAUAAAAUAUUUGCCAUAAAUUCUGGUAAUUCAGGUUCCCCUUUCACCACUGUCACAACAGGCUUCUGUUGGAAAUGUUUUCUGUUUCUUAGACAAAUCGAUGCAAUAUAAUAAUUUUUUCUGUAGCGUUUUACUACAAGGCAAAAUUUUCAGGUAUUACAGUAAAAUAGUGGCAGAGAUUAGGGGUGGGGGAGAGAGAAUCCACUUUUUCACAGUGGUCAGCCCUUUCAAUGGUUGGUUGAGGCAGAUAUAAACCCAAUUUUUUUUUUUUUUUUUGGGGGGGGGGGGGGAAGCCAAUAUUUACCAAUUACUUUUCAUAAAGGCAAAUGGUGAAUUUGUACUUCACCAAGAAAAUAUUCUACAGUGCUGGAGGCUCAACAUACAGGCCACAGAAAUAUGUGAAAAGUACUUGACAAACCAUUUUUUGCAAAAACAAUAUUUUUUUAAAAAAUUUUGUCUAAUUUAAAAUAUGCGCUGCUUUUUUAGCAAUCAGAAGCUGGUUAAUAAGUGGUGUAAAAUUAUAUUAUGAUGGUUCAAGACGAAAUUCAGAUCCUUUAUCAGCAAAGUUUACAGCAUGCGUUCUUGUAUGGUCUAGUUGCAUUUCCCUGUACUUUUUUGUAUUGUUUCUGAUCCAGAUUAACCCAGAAUAAUUAUUUGGGAAAAAUUUGCUUUAUAUCUGUUUUGGAUAUACAUAUUUUGCAAAGCAUCACUUUUUUUUUUUUUUUUUACACUAGUUUUUAAGAUUACAACCAAAAUUGUACAACAUUGUAAUAUGAAAUAAAAAGCACACUUGAAAUUUU